AUGGAGAAAGUAAUAAAUAAUAUGUUUGGAGGAUGGAAGUACAUUACAAAUCUGGAUCAACAUUAUAAUGGUCGAGUAGUUGUAGCAUGGAGACCUGAUUACUAUCAGGUCAAGUACAUAAGUGGUACUGCCCAAAGUAUAACAUGCCUGGUUACAGAUGUUGUUAUGCAGAAGGAAUUUUAUAUGACAACUGUGUAUGCUUUUAAUACAAGGGAAGAAAGAAGAAGUUUAUGGCGACAUUUAGAAAGUAUGAGUGGAGGAAUUAAGAAAGCAUGGUUGGUAACAGGAGACUUUAACUCUGUCCUACUAGCAGAUGAUAGAAUAGGAGGAAAUCCAGUUACUAUGGGUGAAGUGGUGGAUUUCCAAGAGUGUAUUGACUCUUGUGAACUUAUGGAGUUACCUUGUGGAGGUUGUAGAUACACAUGGAGUGAAAAACAUGGUGAUAAUAGAUUUAAAGAGGUUGUGGCACAAGGUUGGCAACAACAAAUAGUAGGAUAUAGUAUGUUCCAAGUUGUUAAGAAAUUGAAGUUGUUAAAGAAGGUACUGAAGAAGCUCAAUAAUCAGCACUUCAGGAAUAUACUAACAGAGGCAGAGGAAGAUAGGGCAGCUUUAAACCAAGCUCAGAAUAGAUUGCAUUCUGACCCCUCAAAUAAAGCUUUACAAGAACAGGAGACAGCCAUGUAUCAGAAACUCAGGAAAUCCUCUUAUCUAGCUGAAAUGUUUUUACUGCAAAGGAGCAAAGCAAGCUGGAUUAAGCUAAGAGAUGAUAACAUCAGAUAUUUCUACUCAGUAAUCAGACACAAAAGACUCCAACAAACCAUUACACAGAUCAAGGAUCAACAUGGGGAAUUAUCAACAGAUAAUGCAAGCAUCGCAAAUGUUCUGGUAGACUACUAUGAAACUAUGCUAGGCAGGGAAGGAAGAAAAAGAGCAAAAACAUUUCAUAGCUUUCUGAAGAAUGGCACUACUUUGAAUGCUACACAGCAGAUGGAACUCAUACAACCUUACACAGCCAAGGAAGUGAAACAGGCUAUGUUCAGUAUAGAUGUGAACAAAAGUCCAGGCCCAGAUGGUUAUGGAAGUGGUUUUUACAGGAAAGCUUGGAGUAUCAUUGGUAAGGAUGUGACUGCUGCAAUUUUGGAAUUCAUGGAGAAUGGAAAACUGUUAAGGCAAGUCAACUCAACAGUAAUAUCCUUGAUUCCCAAAGUCCUAGUCCCAGAGUUUGCAAGUCAAUUCAGACCAAUUUCUUGCUGCAAUGUCAUCUAUAAAUGCAUUUCUAAGAUGCUGUGUAAGAGGCUUAAGAGAGCUGUAUCAAUACUAGUAGCAGAGAACCAAGCAACUUUUGUAGAAGGUAGAUCACUGAUUCAUAAUAUCCUUAUAUGUCAUGAUUUACUGAGACACUAUAAUAGGAAGACAACUCCUAGGUGCCUUAUGAAAAUUGAUUUGAGGAAGGCAUAUGAUAUGAUCAACUGGGAUUUCAUAGAGGAAGCUCUGAAAGGAUUUGGAUUUCCGGACUCAUUCACUAAACUGGGUAGUGAUGAUGAUCGUGUUCUGCGUUCCACUGGUUACCAACUGGCUGACUAA